CUUGUCGCAACGCUAUUCCACAGGGAGUUCGCCUCCUUUUUACUUCAUAAAACAUCAGAGGUUAUUUGGCUUGCUGCAUUAAUCUGUCAACCCAUAUCUCCAGUCAUAGUACCGUCAAUUGCAUCAAAGAUACAAAGAAAUCGCCCAUCAUGCACUCGGCUCUAAACCGAGCGCAGGCCGUCUUCGGCUUUUUUACAACCGUGGCCUUGUUCGUCGCCGGUUUUGCCGCGUUGUCUGUCCUGUUAUAUCCAACCGAUGAGGCGAAAGCAGCGGUAUCGUUGAAGGAUGUCAAAGUAAUCAAAGGACGCCCACAUUACUAUUCAAACAAGAAAGAAGAAUACGCACAAAUGCGCUUCGAUCUGGACGCCGAUCUCUCCUCCCUCUUCAACUGGAACACAAAACAACUUUUCGUCUACGUCUACGCCUCCUACUCCUCCUCCGACAAGGAAUCCACCCUCCUCCCCCAAUCUGAGUCCAUCAUCUGGGAUACCAUCAUCUCGGCCCCGGAAUCGCCGUACUCCUUCAACACUCUUCGUGAGCGCUUCUUCCCGUCCAAGUCUUCUUCGAAACGGACCACCAGCGCCAAGAAGUCGACUAAGAAGGAUAAGGCUGCGCCUGGUGUUCUCCGUCUGAGGAACCAGCGGGCUAAGUAUCAAAUCUCGGAUAUCACGGGGAAGAUGGCGGAGCGGAGUAAUGUGACGCUUUCUGUUGGGUGGAACGUGCAGCCUUGGGUUGGAGCUCUGUGGUGGAGCCCUGGGUCUGGAGCCGUGCCGAGGACUAGUGGUGAUGCUGGGAGGAGCAAGCCAUUUGAGUUCCCGGCGUUGAAGACGAAGGCAACUGCUAAGGCGGCGGAAGGCCAGGGUCAGGCAAAGAAGGCGGAGGUCUAGGUUGUUCUUCUUGUGUAUUAGUUGAUCCAGUCAAUCAUCCAUAUGUUUUGGUUUCAAUGGUUACUACGUGUAAGACAUGGUUCGCGGACUAAAUGGUGGAUUGC